AUGUGCGGCCGCUCUUACGAGGUCAAGUGCCUCCCCGCUCUCAUCAAGUCGACGACGGCGGGGCGGGCGGGCUCGUGGGAAAAUGGUGGCACUGUGGCGUCGGCGGGCCACCUCUACGGGUUUGGAAACACGCUAGAAAAGGCGUUGACGGGGGGGCGUGGGGUGCUACGGAGCGUGGCCGUCAGGCUGGAAGUGGACGGGGGGGCGCAGUACUACGACGCGAAGUGGGUCAAGAAAGCCAUAACGCGGCUGAUCGUCUCCAUGGCGGCGGUGGCGGGCGACGCCGACAACAUCAACAAGCAGGCGCGCAAGAUGCGUAUCAACUGGGCAACUCCCCUGAGCGUGCCAAUUGGCUCGUGGGAUCGCUUGUCUGAGGAGAACGGCCAGCUGCGUCGAACCGUGCCGAUGCAUCACCUGCCUCUCUUUCUCCUCAUCUCGUGCAGCGGCUCGGUCGCGCUGCAGCUCUCGGCGCCCCGCGCACCCGCGCCGAUGGCAGUCCGGGCGCCAGCGCCGGCGGCUUUCUUUGGUUUUGGCAAGAAAGAGUCACGGCCGACAGAGCAGCGGUCGACGAAAGGAACCUUCCUGGAGCAGUUCGAUCCCCAAUACUCGCCUGAUGAGCGAAAGGCGCGGCUGGAGACGGGCACCAACUGGGUCCCGCGCACUUCGACCGUCAAGGGAGAAGGGUACCAGUUCUUCCAGGGUCCAACGCCAAAGACGGGCGAUCAGGGGCUCGCCAGCUUUUUUGACUUUGAGGGCGCGAGCGGUCUCUCCGGCGUCGAGGCGGCCUUCGCUGGUGUCGCUGCCGCGGGCACCCUCGGCCUCGCCAUUUUCCUCGUCGCGAGCUAA